AUUGGCCUGGUAGUACGUCAACGAUCCGGAAGCGCAGAAACAUUUUGCAAUGCAAUGCAAACAUUUUGAGCGAAAACGAAACAAAAUCAAGAAUUGUACUGCGUAGUUCAGAUUUAUAUAAGAGUUAAACUGUUAUCAUCAAAAUGAGUUUUGAGGUUUUCUCUUAUGAGAGUUUGGUACACGCUGUGUCCGGUGCAAUGGGAAGUGUAACUGCAAUGACAGUGUUUUUCCCUCUUGAUACGGCACGAUUGAGACUUCAAGUGGAUGAAGGUAGAGAGUCCAAAUCUACUCCAGCUAUUCUUGCAGAAAUUAUAAAGGAGGAAGGACUUUUGGCUCCUUAUAGAGGUUGGUUUCCUGUCAUAUGCAGCUUGUGUUGCUCCAACUUGUAUUUCUACUGCUUCCAUAGUCUGAAGGCAAGCUUCUUGAAAGGAAAACAGUCAACAUCAAGUGCAGACCUUCUCAUAGGAAUAGCUGCUGGUGUUGUAAAUGUUUUAGUAACAACUCCUCUGUGGGUGGUAAACACCAGGCUGAAGCUUCAGGGCUCCAAGUUUCGUAAUGCAGAAAUACAUUCAACUAGCUAUUCUGGCAUUUUGGAUGCCUUUAUGCAGAUAAUUCGUGAUGAGGGUGUUGGGGCCCUUUGGAAUGGCACCUUCCCUUCACUGCUGCUUGUGCUCAAUCCUGCAAUCCAGUUCAUGAUUUAUGAAGGCCUGAAAAGACAGCUCAGGAAAGAUGCUUUUAGAGAGCUGACAUCUGUUGAAGUCUUCAUCAUUGGUGCUGUGGCCAAGGCUGUUGCCACCACUUUAACAUAUCCACUACAGACUAUACAGUCAGUCCUUAGAUUCGGACAGUUUAACAAGUCAGCAGAAGAGUCCAAACUUCUAUCAAGUCUUAGAACAAUUAAAUCUCUGUUGGUGAACAGAACAAGGAGGUAUGGUGUGCUUGGCCUUUUUAAGGGCCUGGAGGCCAAACUACUGCAGACGGUUCUGACAGCAGCCCUCAUGUUUCUUCUCUAUGAGAAGAUUGCCAGCUGCACCUUCAGAGCUAUGGGUUUACAAAAUGCUCACUACAAGAGACGCUAGAUAAAAACGUCACUGCCCACUGACUACUUGAAAUGUUUGAAUAACUGGAAUACUCAUAUUAUUUUGUUUUUUGUUGUUCUGUAACAGUAUAGCGUAUUGACUCAUUUAAUUCUUCUGUCAACAUGUUUUUCUCAUUUCACUCAAGUCUCUUCUGAAAAGUUUUUUAUUUUAUUAUAUUUUUGUCAACAUAUGUAUUGCGGGAGAUUAAACACUAUUUUGACUCAUGAAACUGUA